ACACUUUUACUGGCCGGUCAGGUAGUUGUAGGUCGUUGAUUACGCUUGUGAAAAUGACGGCUUGCAAAGAGGUGGAGAGCAACAUCUGCACCAAAUUAUCGGAGCUAAACACCUGGGGGGCAAACUUCGUGAAAACUCCCAUUGGGAUCGGCCAUGGUCUGCUGACCACUUACGCAAUUGGCUACACUAUUCAGAUUGCGCUUUUGCCCUAUGUGAUCAUGGAGCUAAAUGAACCAGUCCAGGUCAAUGCCUUUGUCCUAGGCGUGUUCGCAUUUUUUCAGCUCAUGGGUGCGCUUGUUUUUGGGCGACUUGCCGAUUUCAUAGGUCCAAGAAAUUCUUUCGUUUUGGCUUUGGGGUCAUCGGCAGCUGUGUAUAUUUUGAUGGCAAUAGCCAGCAAUAUGACUAUACUUUACAUAAGCCAGAUCCCUGCACUUUUCAUGCAUGGGUUCCAGGCCGCUGCGUUGCUAGUCUGCCUUGAAACGGAUGAAAAACACCGGACUCCGUCCAUUGCGUAUUUGAAUCUUUCUUACGGCGGUGGCAUGGUCCUCGGAGGUUUUCUUGGUGCACUCGUCAGUUCCUUCCUCGGGGCCCGUGGGACAUUGCUCGUGUCCGGAGUAAUCCAGAUUUGCGGAUGUUUCUUAGCCUUCGCCUUGGAUGGACUUCAAAUGCUGCAAUUGGAGUGGAAUAGGUUGACGGAAAUUGUCAAGCGAACACAAUCAGUCUGUGUUCUGCUGCUGGUGGGGUUGAUGCCCAUUCUUAUGACACGAUUCGCAUUCACAGCUGUCGCCGUCGACCAGUUCGGACUCACACCGACUCAGACGAACUACUUAGUCACGAUGAUCGGCAUGAUGACAUUUGCCGCUGAGGGUCUUCUAGCGCCUGCACUUGCAUCACGAUUCGGUGAUGUCUCGUGCGAGAGAUACUCGGUCCCCGUUGCUUUCGUUGGCUUCUUACUGCUUUUUUUAGUCGGACCCAGCUCGUUAUUCAUGAUCGUUCUUCUCCUUCUCGCGCCGCUGUGUGCUGGAGCAGUGCUAUACAUCUGCGCUACAUCGCAGAUGACGAAACGAGUUGAACCAUCAGCAGUUGGUUCCACUUUAGGCUUGAACGGCGCACUCUUCUUCGCUGUCGCAGGUCUCUCUCAGUUUGUCGGCCUGCCCGUCUACGCAUACUACGGGAUGCGGGCAUACUGGGGUUUCUGCGUUGCCAUCUCAGGCUUGCUGAGCUUCUACAUCUUCGUGCUGGACGAGAAAAUAUGGAAUGCGUAUCCUCCUGACUCUGGCACGUCCGCUAGUCUUAGCGUGUUUCAGUGAAACGGCUUUGGUCUGUCAUUGAAUCGAGUGGUCCAUUUUACCGUGCACAACAGUAUAUAUGUACCGUGUUGAAUUGGUGUAACUUGAGCCGUAGUGUGGAAUUUGUCAAACCCCUUGCACUUC